AGGUGACAACAGGCAGAAGCUCCUGCGUGGACCGACACAUCUUCAUCCACGCUCUAACCCCACUCUGCAGCAGCCAUGACCUCUGUGCUCAUCCUGCUGGGAGCCGUGCUCUGCUCCCUGAGUGUCUCCUCUGAAGUCGUACCUCAGGCAGACUUUAACUUACAGGAGAUGGCAGGGAAGUGGUAUACAGUAGGAUAUGCCACCAAUGCUCAGUGGUUUGUAAGCCGCAAAGCAACGAUGAAGAUGGGAACAGCCAUGCUAAAACCAACUGCAGAAGGAGACUUGGACAUUGCCUCCUCUCGUCUCAAUUCUGAUGGCACUUGCAGGAGAAAGAACAAACUUGCGAAGAAAACAAGCAUACCCGGGAAGUUCUCAUAUUUCUGUCAGAGAUGGGGGAGUUUGAAUGACAUAACUGUGGUUGACGUCAAAUAUGACGAGUAUGCCGUGAUCCACACCCUCAAAACAAAAGGAGAUGAUGUCUACAGUGCCGUCAAACUCUAUGGCCGCAGUCCUGACCUCAGUGCUGAGGUGUUGGCGAAGUUCAAGCGGGUCUCUUCGGCGAGUGGCAUCCUGCCAGACAACAUUGUUCUGCUUCCCAAAAACGGGGAGUGCACAGAUGCCUAACUUUCUGCUCUUGCUAAGGAGUGAGGGAUACCAGCUGAGGAAUCUCACCUUCUGAACUCAUAAAGCCACCAUCAUAAAGCAAAAUGUCAUUACUACUCUACGCACUAUGCUUGGUUUGAUGAGUCAAUGCUUUGCUUUCAUUAUCAAAAAUGUUGUGCUGAAGGCUUCCACCAAAUAAAACAAACAUUUAAAAUA